GGGAGGGGCAAAGAGUCACAUGUGCCCCGCCCCCCUCUCCUUCGCUACAGAGGUCCCUAGCAACGCCGGCCCGGAGCUGGUUGCUAUGGGAGGAAGCGCUUCCUGCGGCGCUGGGAGGAAUCACUUCCUGUGGCGGCGAGGCCUGGCCGCUGGAAGGGGAGUGAAGACAAAAGCCUGGAAGUGUUCUGCCCAGCUGUAAGGCCCUGAUCCUGUAUUUAACUUAGACCCUCUGGGAGUAUUAAUAAACCAGACUUCUUGAGAGUGUUCGUGAAGGAGGAAGAAGCUUCUGCCAUGGCUGCUGAGCUGGAUUUCUCUCCCCCUGAAGUCCCAGAGCCCACAUUCCUGGAGAACGUGCUGCGCUAUGGACUCUUUUUUGGAGCCAUUUUCCAGCUGAUCUGUGUAUUGGCCAUAAUCCUCCCAAUUUCAAAGUCCCAUAAGACAGACUCUGACAGUUUUGAGUUUAAAAGUUCAGAGGUGGUGAAGAAGCCGAAGGUGGCUGCUCCGCAGCUGAGCAAGAAACCCAAGAAGGAAACCAAGAAGAAGAGAUAAAAGGCCUUGUAAAGGAGCCUUAAAGACAAGUGAACUGCACACAGCCAGAUGGUUAAUUUAACUGUCCUAGUCAGCAUGGAUCAUCUCACCUCUGGUGGGGUGGAAAGCUUACACUUGCAUGUCCUCCAUUCUGGCUGGGAUGUGAAGGGAAGCAUGGAAUGGGGGGCAUGUGUUGUGCCACUGAGGAUACCUUUUUCUAAGUCAUUCUUUUAAAGAUAGAUGGGUCAAAUGGAUCAAGGACAUCACACUACCCAGCUUUAUAUUCACUUGUAUUGUUGUUACAUCUAAAAUACAUCAGUGCAUUUUAUUGCUUAGUA